AUGUCAGACCAUAGAACUCAAUCGGUUUUUUCUUAUCCUUCACCCGCUACAAAUCCACCACCAAAAACAGAUAUAUCUCUACGAGAAAUUUUAGAUACAUAUCGUGAUAAUAAUGAUUUAUUGAAACAAAUUCUCGCAACAAAGGCUGAAGAGGAUAAGAGACGUGCUGAAGAAGAAAAGUAUAAAACUGAAGCUGUACGUUUACAAUGUAAACAAGUGGAAUUAGAGAUGUUAAAAGAGCAAAAGAAACCACCAACUAUUAUCACUGGAGUACCACCGAUGAAUACAUCAAGUAGCUUUAAUAUGAAAUCACCUUCAGAUAUCAGUAGCCCGUACCUACCGAUACCACCGCCAAAUGAUACCCAUUUUUCUGCCAAUGCCACUACACCAACAAGCGCGACACGCUUGUCACCACCAUCAUCUUCCAAUGACAAUGUAUCUUAUAAUCACAAUGGAAUAUCUUCACACAACAAUUCCUAUAAUCCGUUGAGCCAAAGACCCUCACUAACAUUAUCCAUCCCUUCAUUCCCAAUUAUAACGGCAUCUCCAACUACGAUGCAUAACCAGCAUCCAUUUUCUACUCCUACAAGCAGUGUUCAAGAGCAUCCUUCUUCUGCAUCAUCUCAAACAAAUCAUUAUUCUCAAAGUCCUACUACGGGUGGUAAACGUUCCAAACCUUCUUCAGAAUCAGAAGUUGACCAUGA